AUGGCUGGCAUCGGAUCGGGUGCUGCUUCCCUGAGAAUCGGCCAGGCACCUUCUACUGAGACAGACGUCGAAGGUGCUUCAAAGUGUCACAACCCCAAGGCUAACCCGGCCAACUCUGAGCAGGUGCGGGCUUUGGCUGCGCUCAAGGGGGACGCAAAAUCAUGCAAGGAGGCGGCCACCGAAGCAAGCAUCGCGCUGAAGCGCAUGCUGGCCAGCAAGGACCUUGGGGCACUAAAUGCGGCCGAAGACAAAGCAAUCAAGGAGACGGUGACAGCAGCACUGGCGACGAGCUCUAGCGUAGUGAAAUUGGCGGAAGCACACGCACUGCAAAACAAGGAAUACGCCUACUUCCUAGAGACGGUGGUGAGCAAGGUGAAGGCGGAGGCGGAGGAGAUCACCUUUGAGAUCCAGGACAUCCAGAAGCUGCUGAAGAGCGGGGAGCGACUCCUACAAUACAUACGCGAUCAGAAGGACACGACGUGGUGGAUCUUCAGGUUCGUGUGCCUUUCCGGCCUCACCUGGGGGUUCAAAUACCCGCUGUCCAAGCUUCUAAUGGCGGCCAUGUUCUACUCGAGCCUCAUCGGAGGGGCCGGGGGGGGCUACCUGCUGCUCUGGGUCAAGGGGUGGGACAUCCUCAACAUCUGGGCGCACAUAGCCACGCCCCCCCGGACGCUCAUUGGAGUAGUCGCCCACUGGAGAAAGCUCCAGAAGGACGACGAGCUUCGGUGCUGGGUGUUCCCCAACCUGCGCUAUAAAUUCUCUUUGCUACUUUAUGGGUGGCUGACUGUGGGGCUGAGCGUCGGCAUAGUGUUAGGGGCGAUGUAUUACGAGCAAGCGUAUGUGAUUUCCGCCAUCUACAACAUCGUCCUCUCUGUCAUAAACAUCUACAGGGACUAUGAGAAAGACGGCGACAUCGUCUUUGGGAUCACUUGGCGAUGA